UGUACACUGAUUUCGUUCCAUUACGAUGGAAACCAAAGUUGUAUAUAUUUCAGAACGUCAUGAAGCUAAAGCUUAGAUGGGAAGGUUUACCAACUGACAUCGCCGAUCGUGCAGAACUUUACUAUCUGCAUGAGUUGCUCACUCUCGAAGACACUACUCGCAACAUAGUUUGCGCCGCGUACAAGUUUGGAUUCCAGAUGGUAUUUGCUACUUGGACUGGAAUUUCAGUUCUCGCUUUGUUCCUUACCUUGGUGUUUGCUGGACACGCUGAUAUGAACAGGAAACUCGAUAUUGAGCAUCAUAUAGACAGCACAAGGAUGUUUACCUAGGCAUUGGGCUAGAAAGCAACAUGCAAGAAAUAUGGAUGGGAACUGAGACUUGGACACAUCCUCCUCGCUUAUAUGUGUAUGUAGGUCUUGGAAUCAGUGAUUAUGUUCCUGCUAUUCGUCGCUGUCAAUGAUAUACGACUCACUAGUUCCUCCUGUGUGG